UAACUCGUCCUGUAUCUUUGUAGUUCUGAAAUUAAGGAAAAAUACAUUUUCUUCUCUAAAGAUUCUUCUCAUUUAUUUGUUUUAAUUUUACAGAACUCCAUGAUGCUUUACUUGGAGAAGAGGCUGUCUAAAUCUGGGCUCACUCCUUUCAGUAUUUCAAUCUUUUAUCACAUUGCUGUCCUACUUCUCCUAACACACUGCUGUGGAGGUCAGUUUCAGGUAGUUGGUCCAUUACAGCCAGUAAUUGUAACACUUGGUGAAGACGUUAUUUUGCCGUGCUAUCUGAAGCCACCUGGAGAUGCUGCUGGUAUGACGUUUGAGUGGGCGAGACCUGACCUGAACCCCAGAUUUGUUCAUGUGUGGCAUGAACGUCAAGACCUUCACGUUAACCAGCAUCCGUCCUACAAAGGAAGAACAUCAGUGUCCAUCAACGGACUGAAACUGGGAGACGUUUCACUGGCACUCUCUAAAGUCAAAAUCUCUGAUAAUGGAAUAUACAGAUGUUACUUUCCAGAUGUGGAUAAAGCCUCUACUGUUCAUCUUAUUAUUGGUACUGCUUCCUUGCCGGCCAUCAGUUUAGCAGGGCUGGACAAAUCCUCCGGUGGAUUCUCUAAGAGAGAAGGAGCAGCUUAUGGCAGAGAGUAAGAAAGCGAAGGACACUGAGGAGAAAAUGGAAAAAGAAUUAAAGAGGAAAGAGGAACAACAUAAAGACAUGAUGGCUACACUGAUGACACAGAAGAAGGAACUGGAGAAACAGAGAGAUCAACUGAGGCAGAAAAAGGUGAAGGUAGAGGAACAGGUGGAGGAAAACGAGAAGAAACUUCAGUUAGUGGAGAAAGAUAUAACAGAGAAGGAUGAAAAUAAAAUACUCACCAAUGCACCAGCAUACCGAAAUCUGAAAGAAUUAACUAUUAAGUACAAAUGGGACCUGAAUGGCUCACUGCAGAUAUUUGAGGUACUGGUACUAAACACAGAGAAACUAUUAGGGACGACAGAGAGUGUGAUUGUUAGAACAAUAGAAAAUAAGAAGGAAGCAGAGAACCACAUGGAUGAACACUAAUGUGAAGUUGAAGGAGGUAGUAUCACACUGAAUUCUCAGGUUUAAGAUGUAUAUGUAUAUAAACAAGUACAAACACAAAGCAACAAGAAAGAGAUAAAAUCAUAGCACUGUAACUAAGAACUAUUCUAUUGUUUAGUAAAAGCAGACACCUGCUUUCAGUUUCUUAUUUUGAAUUUCUUACCUAUAAACAAUGCUUUUUCUAACAGGGUCUGUUCUGAAAUUACUGUACCAUAAUAUAGCAAUGGAAUUUCCCAUAAUCCCUCAUUGUAUCACAGCAGUACAAAUUAACAGUGCCCUCUGGAGUUUUCCUGCAAACAAACAACAUUCAGUGUUACACUUUUGUGCUUUAACAAACAUGUUGAACUUUAUUAUAUAUUUACUUUAUCAAUGUUUACUAGCAUAUGAUGCUAUUCUUCCUUGCUUCAGAUAAAUAUGAGAACUAAAAUGAAGAAACAUAUUGUGGUAGUACACAUAGUAAAGCAUAAGCGCACAAUUUGGAAUACAAAUGCUUUUCACUUGGCGAACUGCAGUUCCCUGUUUUGCAUAUAAUAAUAUAACCUUUACAAGUAACAUACUGCAUCUUGUAAAUAUAUAAAAUCUUAGAUAUAAAUGUAUGAAACUAAUAAAAUGCAAAUAUUAAUAACGAUGAAUAUUGGAACAGAAACAGACACGCGUUCAGCACUACUUUUUCUACAUCAGUCCUUCCAGCUGUGUUUUUCCCCUCUUCCCUUCACUUUUCAUUAUAGAAAAGGGCACAGACAGCAUGUACCAGAGCAGAGUACCAAAAGCAAUACCUUAUUGGUCAUACAUACUUUAUUUCUCUGAUUUUAUAUUUUGCCUUAUUGCUUCUUGGAAUGUUCCAGCCAUGUAAGGCCCUGUGUAACUUUGUAUUGAGAACUGCUAUAUAAAUAUUAUUAUUAUUAAAACAUAUCUUAUAAUAUAAAUUAAGGUCAAUGCUAUCAAUGUUGAAGGAAGCUGCCUAUGAAGGCACUCAUACUAUGUCAACCCCUGUAUAAUAUACUGCAUAAGGCAUGCCAAUAAUUUCACACAACAUUAAAACAUUAGAGGGCAGCACUGAUGCUGU